AUGAAGAGGCUGCAGCUCCAACGAUGCAGCAGCUCAGUCUUCUCGCCGCGGGCUCGCUCUAUUAACUGUCUGCAUCAACACAUCUACGGACGGCGGUAUUCGACGGCUCCCGCUGAACGGGAACAGGAGAUUCAGCAGAAUGAGUCAAUUUUCCAGGAUUCCGAGGCCAAGGAGAAGAGGCUCGCUCAGAUUGUGAGGGACUCUCACGUUCGCGGCUCCCACCUGCCAUAUCCCUCUCCCCCAGUCGAAGCAGCCAAACAAUCCGCCAAACUCGCCGCCCUCCACGCUCGACUUUACCUUCCCUCCAGACUCCCCGUUGAGACCCUUGCACGAACAUUAGUUGAUGCCUCGGCCGACUCAAACCCCAAUUUCAACAACGCCUCGCUGGCCACACUUGGUCAUGACCUCCUUUCCUACUACGCAACCGAACACCUUAUCUGUACCUAUCCCCGUCUGCCAUUGACCGUGAUCUUCGCCGCCAUGUACGCAUACGUCGGUCCCAAGACUCUCGCCGCAAUCGCAAGAGAAUGGGGUGUGGAGUUGGCAGCAAUCCCCGGUGGAGAGGUUGAUCCCGGUCUCUUGCAAUUCAAGAGACUCGAGGCCGGUGCUGAGGUCCCUAACCCUCUGCCACAACAACCUGCCCGUCCAUACGAAUCUGCGAAGCAUUUCAGGAAAACAGUCUCAUCUAAGAUCUUCUACGACGAUGAGUUUGGCGAUCCGCUCAAGGGAUCAACGGACGCCGUCACCAGCGAACACGCAAGCGCCGAGUUCGUCCGCGCGGUCAUGGGCUCAAUCUACAUGCAUGCCGGCCGCCCUGCUGCCAAGCGAUUCUUCGAGCAGCACUUCCUUUCACGGCACCUCAACAUCUCAGAAUUGUUCAACUUCCGAGCACCAGCCCGCGAUCUCACCCGACUAUGCGCACGUGAGGACUUUGAGCGACCAGUUGCCAAGAUUAUCAGUGAAACUGGUCGUAAGAGCAGACACCCUGUCUUCGUGGUCGGUAUUUUCUCUGGCCAGGACAAGCUUGGAGAGGGCGCUGGCGCCAGUCUGGUCGAGGCCCGUGAGCGUGCUGCUGUUGCCGCUCUUAAGGGUUGGUACCUAUACAGUCCCGUCUCUGUGCGUGUUCCCAGUGCAAUGGAGGAGCCCUCUGCUGCGCCAUGGAAGCCGGUGCACGUUGACUUGGGUGAGGUUAUUGUUUAA